UUCCGAGAAAUAGUGCAGUAUCACUCAAUUCGACGUUUGCGCGAAUUGGGUACAGACUUUUAUCGAGAAAUGGCAACGCCAGAUACGAAUGGCGACCCGAAAUCCCCGUCGAUCAUCACCAAAGAGGACGUCGAAGUCAUUGUUCGUCGCAAGUUGGGUCAUCAGGACUUUCGCUUAAUAAGUUGGAAAGCUUCGCUGGUAGAAAAGUCCUCCGGGUUUCUGGGAGUGUAUUUUAAUGUCGUUGCCGUGGUCUCCAACGGAAACCCUGCUGAAGUUAAGGAGCUGAAGUUCUUUGCUAAGGCGCCUCCACCUUCCUCGAGUCCUCAGAGCAACUUCUUGGAUAGGUGUAAUGGCUUCAAUAAGGAGAUCAAGGUGUAUAAGGAGAUGAUCCCUCGUCUGGGGCUGGGUAGGGGAGACAAGUGGACCGUGGACUUCUAUUUUGGCAAAAAGGACCAGCUCAUUGUUUUUGAGGACGUCACGGUGUUGGGGUAUGUCAUGCCCGACAAGAAUAAGCCCCUUGACUUGGAGCACACCACUCUUGUGAUGAAAACACUCGCCAGGUUUCAUUCAAGAUCUCUACUUCUGGAGGAGAAAUUGCAGUCAGAAGGCCGAAGUAUUUGGGAUCUUUACGGCCCUUACCUCGAAGAGGCGCUAUUUUCAAAAGACCCCACAUCGCUGGAAAUUCGGGAAUCAUGCCUGAUAGGAACUGUCACCUUAAUCGAUGAAGUAGCAAGGGUAAAAAACUUCACUUCGCAAGAAGUGGAUGCCCUAAAGAAACGAGUGAAGAACUGGAUUUGUAGGAUAACCGAACUUCUCUCGCCAUCGGCAAAAUAUAGGAACGUGAUAUGCCACCGAGACGUUUGGACGAACAAUUUGAUGUUCAAAUACGGACACAACAAUAACCCCGAGGGUUGCUGCAUCAUUGACUUCCAGUUCUUCCGAUAUUCCCCACCAGCUAUUGACUUUGAAUGCAUUCUUUACCUGACUACUGACAAGCGGAUAAGAGAUAAUCAUUACGACACCCUUGCCCGGACCUACCACAACGCCCUAAGGGACGCUCUCGCCGAAGAAGGUGUAGAUGUGGAAUCCUGCCUGUCUUGGAAGACGUUCAGGGAAAGCUGCGUGUUCGCCAAACAUGUAGCUAUUAUCUAUGCUGCCUUGAAUUUGCAAGUGAUGCUCCUCGAUUCUAAAGCGAUCGAUCAUCUAUUCGACAGUAAGAAACCAGAAGUGCUGGAGGAGGCUUUAUACAAGGCUGGAAGAGCCAAAUUGGUGAAACAUCAGUUCGCAAGUAUUGCCCCCUAUAGAGAACGAUUGACCGAGAUUAUUCUGGAUAUCCGAGACGUUCUGCCCGAAGAACCUCCAGUAUUGCCGAUAUUGGAUCAGAAAUGAUAGAAGAGAUCAUCACGACACCCUUGCCCAGACCUACCACAACGCCCUGAAAGACGGUCUUGCCGAAGAAGGUGUAGAUGUGGAAUCCUGCCUGUCUUGGAAGACGUUCAGGGAAACCUGCGUGUUCGCCAAACAUCUAGCUAUUAUCUAUGCUGCCUUGAAUUUGCAAGUGAUGCUCCUCGAUUCUAAAGCGAUCGAUCAUCUAUUCGAUGGUAAGAAGCCAGAAGUGCUGGAGGAGGCUUUAUACAAGGCUGGAAGAGCCAAAUUGGUGAAACAUCAGUUUGCAAGUAUUGCCCCCUAUAGCGAACGAUUGACCGAAAUUAUUCUGGAUAUCCGAGACGUUCUGCCCGAAGAACCUCCAGUACUGCCGAUAUUGGAUCAGAAAUGAUAGAAGAGAUAAUCAUUAUGAUACCUUUGCCCGGACCUACCACAACGCCUUGAAAGACGCUCUUGCCAAGGGAGUAGAAGUGGAAUCCUGUCUGUCUUGGAAGAUGUUCAGGGAAGCCUGCGAUUUCGCCAAACAUGUAGCUAUUAUCUAUGCUGCCUUGAAUUUACAAGUGAUGCUCCUCGAUACUGAAGCAAUCGAUCAUCUCUUUGACAGUAAAAAGCCAGAAGUGCUGGAGGAGGCUUUAUACAAGGCUGGAAGAAGCGAAUUGGUGAAACAUCAGUUCGCAAAUGUUGCCUCCUAUAGAGAACGAUUGACCGAGAUUAUUCUGGAUAUCCGAGACAUUUUGUCUGAAGAACCUCCAGUAUUGCCGACAAUGGAUCAGAAAUGAAAGCCACAUAUUAAUUUAAAAAUUAAUUGUGGUGUACCAUUUCGGACUAACGAUUCAAAAUCGUUAAGAGCGAUCCAGAUUCAGAAUAUUGUUUAUGCUUUCAAGAGAAAAGAUGAUUGAAGGGUUUCAAGACAUUUUUGUCUUGCGUGCCCGCUAAUUAAUUACCAAUGCACUGUAAUUCCUCGUAUGAUGUCAAUAACAAGGUACUGUGCAUUGAUGCCGUGUUUUCUUGACAAGAGGAAUUAUUUGUUUCUUGUGGGAAACGUCUAGGAAAUGGUGUAGAUAUGCGCAAUUGCUCUACUCUAACUUCGGUUUUAUGAUUAAGAAAUUAAUAAAGUCAUCAGUGUAUGUUAAAAA